AUGGACAGCAUUUUACAAGUUCCUGUCUGGACAGGUGAUAAGUCCCACAGUGAAAGACUCAAACCCCAAAUUACGAGCGAUAAAUGUGCAUGUGAUGCCUUGGUAGGCGUGUGGUAACUGCCCAGAACUGCCAAUAACUCCAAAUGCCUUGCACACCACAAAUUCAACAGGGUGUUAACAACGUUGCGCAACAACCUGCUACUGGAUGAGACAACAUUUACAACGGCAGAGAAAAAGAAAGACGACAAGAAGCCGCCGCACAGAGGGACGGAAUCCUGAUCAAAAAGUAAGUAUUGAUUGCUUGCUUACAAUGAUGGCCUGAGGCACUCUUUUUCAGCGACAGGUUGGGCGUACUACUUUUAAUCACUGCCAGUAUCCCAGUCAAUGAACUUUAGAAAAAGGGCAGUACAAAGCUUUUAUUAAAUGAUAGGAAGAACUAAAUUGCAAACCAAAAAUAUUUAACAGUCGCUGUACUAUAGAAAUUGACACUGCAAUAAAAUCUGCCUAAUGCCUUUUUUUUAACAUUCGAUAUUAAAACGUUUAAUAUUUAACGUUAAAAUUAACGCUCCAAUUUUAGAGAAAUUGGCUAGGGAAGAGGUAAAGCUAAACAAUUAGUUUCUGCAUCCAUUAAAUCUCUCACCCAUAGCUUGAAUCAGGAGCUAUUGCUUGCACCGGACUGUCAGAUCAGUGUUUUUCUGGACAUAUAUCACUUACAUGUAUUGAUGGGCAGAGCAUGAAAAGUGCUUCACUGCAGAAGGUAAUAUUUAGAUGCCAAAGUUAGCUCAUCUUUUCAUUAAGUGAAGAUAAAUCCAUAUAUAUUGCAGAGGAGCACCAUUCAUAUACAGGCCACUACAGUUGGGGGAGGGAAAUUAAAAAAAUAAAUAAAAAUACAUAUACAGGGAACUUCUAUGGACCUAGCAGCCAUAACCAGGAACUUCUUUACACUGAACUACCGUACUCUAAUGUAUGCAUUCAAGUAGCGGUCAUGCCAGGGCUUUAAUUCUGCGCACUCUAUUAGCUCAACAACUACAAGCCCACUUAUUUCCCAAUUCUACUUCCAUGAACACAGCCAGAUAUUCCUUUUACUAAUUAUUUACUAAUGUAUCCAAAAAGUGAAUAUUAUCCUGAAGUAGCCAAACAAAGAACAUAGACUUGCAGUUUCUAAACUUUCGAAAUUAACUUUGAAUUCCUGAAAAUUAUUAGCAAAUAACACUUGGGUCUAAUUAUGAAAUCUGAGGUGUAGUGAAUUGAAAUGAUUUCCAAAGUUGUGACUGUAGAGGAAUUGGAGAAUUAUUCCAGAUCAGCUAUUUUUACCUAAAUUUGGACAUUCACUACAAUCCAGACUUCAGUGAAAAAUGUUACCUGUUCAUGAAUAACCAUGAUAUUGUCGUUUACUAUUCAGCAGUUUGGGAUAUUUCCUUGGAGAAAAGGCGUUUGGGCUUGCGUGGACUAUAAAAAACAGUUAAAAUGAUUACUCAAAAUGAAUUUCAAAUGUAAGGUCAAAAUAGCCAAAGUAAAAAAAUACUGUAAGUCAACUAUUCUUUCAGUUCGACUAAUCUGGCUUUAGGUCUGAAAUUCUCCUUGAAUUCUCACUUGAGUGAAUAAGUCUGAUGGUAUAAAACUACACCUUUUAUAAUUUGCACUAAAAUAACUUGUUCCAAUGCAAACUGGGAGUGCAGUUAUUUAAAGAUGUAACAGUUUCAGUUCUGCACCACUUACAAAAUAAUGCUUACAGUAAACACUGGUUAAAAGUAGUUUGUUUAAACCUUCAAAUAACUUGAGUUCACAGUAAAGAACAUACAUUUCAUCUAUACAGCAUGCUAGCAAGUGUAGAUUUUAAUGUAAUGCUCUUUAAAUAUUUGGUCCCCAUCAAUCAUUUCUCUGCCUAGAGGUCUACACAAAGGAUUAAGGGACAGAAAAAAAAAAAAAGUUCCCCUGUUACCCAUCAGAGUGUUACUGCCCCAGCACGCACUUCUUCUAAGUGCAUGUAGAGGUACCUUAUAGUUGGUGCAUUAAAGGAUCACUAUAGUGUCAGAAAAACAAAGCAGUUUUCCUGACACUAUAGUGCCCUGAGGGUGCCCCCACCCUCAGGGUCCCCCUCCCCUGGCGCCGGGCUCCCUCGGCGCUGGUGACCUCUCCUCCCCGUCCGACAGCACUUGAGCGGAAUGUGCAUGCGCGGCAAGUGCCGCGCGCGCAUUCAAAGUGUCCAUAGGAAAGCAUUUCUCAAUGCUUUCCAAUGGACGCUCUACGCAGAUGCGCUUCUAGUGGCUGUCCGGAAGACAGCCACUAGAGGCUGGAUUAACCCCAAAUGUAAAAAUAGCAGUUUCUCUGAAACUGCUAUGUUUGCAUCUGAAAGGUUAAAACCUGAGGGACCUGGCACCCAGACCACUUCAUUGAGCUGAAGUGGUCUGGGUGACUAUAGUGUCCCUUUUAACUAAAGGACAGACACAUCGGAUAUAUAGGGUUAAGUGAGCGAUAAAAUUAGGGUUAGGUAAUUGCUAACAAAUAGGAGUAAGAAUAAUGUUUGUUUUUCCCCUAGUGACAUUAAAGGACCACUAUAGUGCCAGGAAAACACUCGUUUUCCUGGCACUAUAGUGCCCUGAGGGUGCCCCCACCCUCAGGGACCCCCUCCCGCCCGGCUCUGGAAAGGGGAAAGGGUUAAAAACUUACCUUUUUCCAGCGCUGGGCGGGGAGCUCUCUGCCUCCUCUCCUCCUCCUGGGCUGAAUGCGCACGCGCGGCAAGAGCUGCGCGCGCAUUCAGCCCGUCGCAUAGGAAAGCAUUUACAAUGCUUUCCUAUGGACGCUGGCGUGCUCUCACUGUGAAAAUCACGGUGAGAAGCACGCAAGCGCCUCUAGUGGCUGUCAAUGAGACAGCCACUAGAGGAAAUAGGGGAAGGCUUAACCCAUUCAUAAACAUAGCAGUUUCUCUGAAACUGCUAUGUUUAUAAAAAAAAAUGGGUUAACCCUAGAAGGACCUGGCACCCAGACCACUUCAUUAAGCUGAAGUGGUCCUUUAAUCUCUAAAAAUUACCCCUAAAUCUAACAUUAAACCUAAAUGUCGUGUGUCCCAGUGUUUUAGUGAGCCCCAACUAGAAGUGUGAAACUAGUUGAAACACUGCACCUACCACUUCAAAUAACUGAAGUGGUCAUGGUAGUUGGAGUAACCCUUUAACAUUUUGUCAACAUAGAGUACCCACUACUUUUGUCUUUAUCUUCUCUCGUUUACGAUGAAAUUACAACAAAACUAUAAUAUAGUCAAAUGGAAGAUUUUACAUUUAAGGACUUCUACAAAAAAAAAAGUUGCUAUAUCAUCAUUUUAGAGACUUAUUACAGUGUUUUGUGAUAAAUUUAACAUGGCUGGGUUAUUCACUUAACUCAGAUUUGUAGCAAAUUUAAAUGCAUGAUAAAAUAAGCAAGCUAUGGUGUAAUGGAGAAUCUGUAAUUGUUGCCUUUAUGGUUGCAUUUCAUACUACAACUUUUCUUGUUCUGCAAUCUUUUCUCUCUCAGAAUACAGAUAACUAAUGCACUACAAAAUGAGCAACACAAGAAGAGGAGGAGGAGGAGAAAAAAAAAAAAAAAAAAAAAGCAGUGCAUCCCUUAUCUUGAGACUUGGGACUGUGACAGUAUUUGUUUCAAGGUUAUAUUCACUGAAACAUGGCUAUUCUGGCCUCAGUUUAACCAUUUAGACUUAAUUUGCUAACAUUCAUAACAUAGGUUACUUAAUAGACCAGUGUGUGUUUCUAUAUUAUAAUCCACCAAUACAGGUAUUUCCUUAAAGGUACACUACAAGCACCACUACCAUUACAGAGUGCUGUAGUGGCUAUCUUGCCAGAACUGCCCUCCAAAUGUAAGUAAUCACCUCCUUCAAGCGCUCUAGAAUGAGCUAAGCAAAGUGGUGUUGGGCUCAGACAGCCAACGUAAGCUCUGUGCUGGCGUUUUUAGCUCUCAUUAAAGUGAACAGCAUUCAUCAAGCUCCAGCUAAGUUGGCAAAUGGUGCCAGGGCAUGGUUAUGGUGCUUGGAGGAUUCCAUUACAGUUUUAUGGCUGCUUCCCUAAAACUAAGGUCAACUGAUUUCCAUGACACACAGACAGUCAACAGGUGUCCAAACAUAUGUUGGAAUGAAUAGAGCCAUGUGUUUGUGAUAUUUCUGAAAAUGGUUGCCCUGCAGUAUGUAUAAUGCAUAUUCUGCAGGAUUCUUAGUUACCUAGUUACUUACAUGUUAUGAAUUAUACAUACUACAGGGCAAGCCCUCACAUGGGCCGCCCAUCAAUAUGUAUACUUCAUAAGUGCCCCUGAAAACAUGAUGGCUAUGGUAACCCUACUUAGAGAUGAACCCUGCUAGAAAUAUAUAUACAAGAUCCAAUUAGCAUCUUUGCAAUAGGGCUGUUGGUUUCAACAAAUUUCCUAUUUAAGUCUACUAAUUCUGACAUUUUGUUCUCCUGUAGCUAAUACAACACCUCAUAGAAUGGUGUCAAUGGGAUUUCAAGUCUGGUUUAAACAUACGGUAAGCAUUUUGUGUUUGACGUACCCAAUACAAGUCUUCGUAUGAGACUUCCUAACUGAUUGGUUAUUUUAAUACUUGUAGUUCUACGGUGCAGACCUAAGAAUACUGAUAACCGUGUUACCAGAGUGUCCACGUUUGUACAAGUCGCAUAUCACCUCAACCGUCUGGGAAGUCGUACAGGAAAAGUGCUGCCCUGUAGAAUCCUGAAUUCCAGUGCAUCAAGAAGAAGGGAAAAACCUGUAUAAUUCCAAAAGGAAUCCCAAAGGAACUACAUUGAUGAGGUAUGUUAUUUCCUCUCUGCAACAAGUAAACCCCAUGUACUACAUACAGGUAAGCCAUUUCCAUUUCACCAUGCAUAGAAGGGAACAUGGUGGGCCUGUGUGGUCACUUUAAUCAAAACACUAUUCUAAGAGGGUCUGGUUCUCUCUAUCUACAGAAAUACUAAUAUUAUUAUUAUACAAACACACUAUUCUUAUUUUAUUUUUUUAAAUAGAUCCAGUCCUUUGCUAAUGCUGUCUGUAAUACAUAGAAGGGGGAGGGUUUGUCAGUCCAGUCACUCUCUGCUCACAUGUCACCAUCACUCACACUCUGACAUUCCCUCUGCCAUGCCCUGUCUCUUGCCAAUUCCCAGCUGUCACCGCUUCGCCUUAUCAUGCAGUUUGUCCCUGCGAGGCUCCCGUGCACUUGGAAUCCACUCUCGUUCAUUUAAGCUUUAAGACUGGCUGGACUAAACCAAUUAGCAGCGGCGGGGUUUUCCCCCUUCCCCAGGCACGCGCGGAGCGGGAGCCCCCUUUAUUCGCUGUCAGUAAUCACGCGGCGAGCGCUCUCCCUUACCUCAUGGUGCUUCAUGGUUCCGCCGGGCGAUGUAACCGCACUAACACUUUGCAGUUACCUGCCUGAGCUUCAGUUGGAGGCGGGGCUAAAGGCUCGGGGCUAGACAGGAUAACGCUCAGCCAAUCAGAAACGCAACCUUGUCGUUGGGCAAGGCGGAGCUCCGCUGUGACCAACAAAUCAGAACGCACGUCUACUGGCGCACGCGGGCGGUGAUUAGCGGCGCUACUGUACGAUUGACAGCUGGUUAACCAAUCAGAAAAGCUUUUACUUUGGAACGAAUUCUAGACCAAUAAGCUACCAGCUUACAAAAUAUAUUUCUUUAUUCAUUACAGGUGCACUAAUAUGUUGCAAUUGAACAUGAAAAGGGGGCCAGCAAGCAGGAGGCCAUUUAUAAAGUGGGAAAACAAAUGGAGAAUGUUCCUGCAGAAUCCAAGUUUAUGGAGUAAUCUGCAGGGACCUGUCCAUUUGUUGUUUCCAUGGUGAUUGCACCUGUACCAGUUUGUAAACAAUAAUAAAUAUAUUCAGUAUGGGCUUUGUGACCAGCUCCUGUACUCCUCCAGCCGAGAGCACACAAAACAUCUAACAAUAAAACAAUACGCACACUGCACCUAUAAUGGCUACAGUUUUAGCCCCAAUAAAGCUGCUAUUUUUUGUUAUCCCGGAGUGCCUGAACCGUUAUUUAUUCUGCAUUUUUUAUAGAAAUAGGGAUCGUCCCGGGUCCUACACAUAGUGUUCAUCUCAGGCUUCUGAUGAUGGUUACUACUGUCACAGGCUUGUUUCCACGUUUGUUGCAAUCAGUGGUGUAUUUUGGAUUUGUGCUGCCCUAGGCACGACUAAAUUAGGGCACCCCCAAAAUCUAAAUUUGACCCCCUCCCCCCCCCAAUUCGUGUCAAGGACACUUUUUUGACUGACACACAUGCCCUCAUUGAUACAUGCACUGAUAUACACUCACUGACGGAUACACAGUCAUUGGUGCACUCAUACAGUCUUAAGCACACACUGUUUAACCAACACACACUUUCACUGACAGACACACACUGACACACCCACUUACUGACAGGCACACACUCUCAGAUACACAUAAAAUUACAUACACACACUCACAGGCACACCCAUUCUCACUGACAUACACACACACACACACACACACACACACACUGACAGCUACAUUCACUCACUCACUCACAGUAAGGUGGACAGCCCCAGAAAACAAGGCAAGCAAGGAAAUUUGCCUGGGAGCUUGGGUGGCAUUUUUUGGCCACCCAAGUGGAGCUUGGGUGGCAUUUUUUGGCCACCCAACCCCUGAAAGUGCCGCCCUAGGCAAAUGCCUUGUUGGCCUUGUGGUUAAUACAUCCCUGGUUGCAAUAUAUUUAUGGCAAAGUGCUAAGUUGCGACUACAAAUAUCUUUUGCUCGUCAACAAAAAUAAAAAUGUAUUAUAGCCUCUAAGCACUACUGUAAAUAAAUGUAAAAAUUGUAUGAGUAUAUGUGUUUUAUAUAGUUAAAUCACUUUAACAAUUGUGUGUAGUUUAUACAGCCCUAGCCAUACUUCCCUGCACAUGACUUGCACUGCCGCCCUAAACACUUCCUGUAAAGGAACCUAGAUAUUCUAGAUUCUUUUCUUGCACAGUCUGUUUAAUGCAUAAUUUCUUAUCUGCUGCACUAUUAAUAGGCUUCUGGACCGCACAGCAGCCUCCUCUGUGGGAUUAGAGUUCAAUUUACAUAGCAGGAGAUAAAAACAACUAAAGCAAGUUAACAUCUGUUUGAAAAAUAUACAAUUUUGUUCAUGCAGGCCGUGUCAGUCAUAGCCAGAGAGGUGUAGCAAGGGCUAACAAAACAAAGUGAUUUAACUACCAAAGGGCAGAUAAUUCAACAGUGAGACUGCAGGGUCAUGAUAUAUACACGAAACAUCUUUGUCUAGUAGGCUCGUAUUACAUAUACAAACCUUUAAUAAAAUGAUUGAUUCAUAUUUUAUCUAUAUAUCAAAUAGAUCUAGAAAAGGCCAGAGACUUUCAAUGCAUAUACUUCUCCCACAGUUACUUUCAAAAACCAUUAAGCAAUGUGACCAAAUCGGUGUCAGGGAACAUGAGUUCUGUAUAGACCGAGAAGACCACGUAAACCUUAUGACCUUUGUAUAAAAUGGAGUCCUAUUCACUUUUCAACCUUAAAGGGACACUGUAGUAACUAUAACCACUUUGUUUCUUUGAAUUGGUUAUAGUGCCUGGAGUGUCCUGGCACUGUCCCUCCAUUCAGUGUUGCACCACGUUCGUGCAGUAUGCCACAAAAUAAGAGUCCCUGGCCACCCACAGUCCGGCCCCUUCAGUAUGUGUAGCUAAGGCAGAGAUUACACACUUCCUUGUUGUCAUACCCAUUCAUACCGUCAGUUGUAGCGCUGACAGGUUAAAAGCAGUCAGCUGACACUCUCAGCCAAUCACAGCUGCCCAUUGCUGCUCAGGGUAAUACUUCCUUAUUAGCCAAAGCAGCACAGAGGGGAUGGACUGCCGUGGUCUCUUGUUUAGCAUUAAAACAUUACAACAUUAAAAAUAGUUUAAUGCUGAAAGAAAUGAUGGCACCAGGGGACUCCAUACACUAUAACCAGUUUAAUGAGAUGAAGCAGAUACAGUGCCUACGGUGUCCCUUUAAAGAUAUCUGUGCUUACUUGCCUCAUAUUUACAACAAGCAUUGAAGUAAGCCAAAAUUGAGCAAUACGUGGUUCAUGCAAAACUGCUGAGGUUCUGUGGAAAGUACAUCAUGACAAAAGAAUGACAAAUAAAAGGUUGUCUUUAUUCAUACUAACCUAAGAAGAAGGGAACGUGUCACGUUUAGGCUACCCUAAAUCUUAUCAUGGAUAGAUAUACAUUUUGAUCGAUCGGUUAAUGUAAUCUAUUUUUUUUUUUUCUUCAAGUUUAAUUAAGAUUGAAAAAGACUGAGCACCAUUAUAAUUUAUACACUUUGCAUCGGUUUUGUAUAUACGCAGACUAAAUAAUUGGUAAAAAUCAUUGUAGUCCUAUGCAUUACUCCCACCACCACCGCACACACUCAAAAAAAACUAACAAACUUUGCAUGGAGUUUGCCCACACAUUGUACAAGUUAAAUCAUAAAUUUAAACAGAGCUAUUGGAAAGUGUCUCAGAGUUUGGCAUAUCAUGUCUGAAUGGUAUACGGGGACGCCUGCAUAUUGUGGCGAAUUAACAAUUUUCUAAAUUAUCUUUCUGUUUGCAUGUGAUUAAUGACCGUGCUUCUACCUUUUAACAGAUGAAAUACUACGUGAAGACACAACUCCUAGUCUGCAGGUUGUUUCGGAACUUCAUCUAA